CCUUUCUCUUAUUCCUCCAGCGAGAACACAGCGAACCUUGCCCAUCGUGUCCAGCCGAUCCCUCCCUACUUCGCGUGGAUUGGUUGCUCUUCCCUUGAGCCCUGCGCUGACUGGCUCGUGUCGUUGCCACUUCAUUUCAGCCUAGUGGCGCGCGGCGGGGCGGCUAUCGGCGGGCGCGUGAGAGGCGGCGGCGGCGGAAGUGCUCGGCGAGCCCGCUCCCCGCCGACACCAUGCUUCCCUUGUCGCUGCUGAAGACGGCUCAGAAUCAUCCCAUGUUGGUGGAACUCAAAAAUGGGGAGACAUACAAUGGGCACCUGGUGAGCUGUGAUAACUGGAUGAACAUUAACCUUCGAGAGGUGAUCUGCACAUCCAGGGAUGGGGACAAGUUCUGGAGGAUGCCUGAGUGCUACAUCCGCGGCAGCACCAUCAAGUACCUGCGCAUCCCCGACGAGAUCAUCGACAUGGUCAAGGAGGAGGUGGUGGCCAAGGGCCGUGGACGCGGUGGCCUGCAGCAGCAGAAGCAGCAGAAGGGCCGAGGCAUGGGGGGUGCUGGGCGAGGUGUGUUUGGUGGCCGGGGCCGAGGUGGGAUCCCAGGCACAGGCAGAGGUCAGCCGGAAAAGAAGCCGGGCAGACAGGCGGGCAAGCAGUGAGCCGCCCCUCCGUCCCCCCAGAGACUGAGCCGCCACUGAGCAUCUGCUCCCACUCCCCAAGGCUGUGUUUCUGCUCUCAGUUCACAAGUGUGUUCAGAACAAAAAGAGGCAGGUGUUGGGGAAGAGCCCCCCUCGCCGCCUGUCAUUUUGUGAUCCUUUUUACAUAAAGUACCCUCCCCCCCCCUUUUUUUUAAAGCCAGCAGUUCUAGAGUUGGAUACGUUAUUCAGUGUUUUUGGUUUUCUGAAGCCGCAGCUGACUUGAUUCCUGGAAGAUUCUGUGUUUAAUGUGUCUUUAAAGCCCUCGCUCUUGUUUUGAGGGCGGGCACUUUCCAAACAGGCUUGUUUUGCGUUUUGAGUUGGAUCCUCGUGUGGUGAACAGACCGGAGGUUUUUAUUUUAAGCUGUUUGCACUGAGAUUGACAGCCUUGGGAGUUUCCUGAAACAUGGACCUCAGGAUUGCCUUUUGAAAACAAAUACAUAUGAACGUAUGCCACAGAAGCUGUUCCUGGGACACUGCUGGGCCCUGCCCCUUUGCCUCCUCUCUCCGUUUGUGUUACAAAAAUAAAAACAAAUACAACUACAGACUGCAAA